UCACUCUCUCAUCGGCACGCAAACGUCGUCCGGUGUUAGUUAAAACGCACACGAACGUGUGUACAGUCCCUCCUCUCAGAUAAGCUCCUUCUUACUCGAUGACUGCAGCGUACAGAACUUCACAUGGGCGUGUUACACUGGCUACUUCCGUAGCCAUUCCCGUAGCUACGGCGGCCCGGAAGGACCAACCUCGCACUGGGCGACCGUUCCACGUGCCUUUCACGGUUUGUUGUCAUCCGGGCGGCGCCGCUGCUGUUAGCAUCUUAGCAUCAGGUGGGUUUUUUUUUGCCAACCUGCUUCUCACCGUUGGUUUAAACAUGAGCUCAGAGACGAAGGAAGACGAAGACGACGGUCGGUUCCUCGAACAGCUGCUGGAUCACUUCUAUGAGUUUGAUAAUGGACCAGCGCCAAAACAGCAGAAGAAGAAGAAGAAGAAACGAAAACGAUGCGAAGAGGAGGAAGAGCUCACUGCUGUCAAGGAUAUUUGCCCCAGUGACACUGAAGACUGCGGAGCAGCGGCGACUGCUACUGAACAGCAGCAUCAGCAACCAAACGCUGAGCCGACAGUUGACUUUCAAUGUCUCCCCUCAGGCACCACCGUCCGGCAGGUGAGCCGGGUGGAGGUGGUGACGUUUCAAGAUCCCAGAAAGAAACUGAAGACCAAGCGGACACCAGCCGCAGACAAAACACCUGCCCCGCCGCUCACGGAGAAGAAACAAAGCGACCAGCACGAAGCAAUCGAUUUUGAAAAGGCUCGUCUGGACGUCCACAGGUUCGGCAUCACCGGCUACAAGAAGGAGCAGCAGCGGGUGUUUGAGCAGGACAGAGCGAUCAUGCUGGGAGCCAGACCUCCGAAGAAGGACUGCGUCAACUACAAGCUGCUGCAGCAGCAAGUCAAAGAGAAGAAGCAGAAAGCAAAGGAGGAGGUUCAGCCGGACUUGAAGAAAAAGAAGAAGCCGAACAAUCAUAGGGACAAGAAGAAGGUGUCCUCCUCUGGGCCCGGCUCGGCCCCCUCGGGUCAGGUGGGGCGCUUCAAGAACGGGAUGCUCAUCCUGAGCACCAAGGAGAUCCAGAAAAUCAAGAGCAACAAGCGGAGAAAAUAGGUGAGGCGAUUCAAACCUCAACGAUGGAAAAUCACGGGGAAGAAGAGUCGUCAAUAAUAAUUUACACAAAAGUCCUGGCAGAAGUUUCCAUGAAUGUUCAAGGUGUAAACAUUAACCGUCUUCACAGAAACAUAAAUGUUAGCGAUGAUGAAACGCGACCUGUGAUGCGGCCGGGUGAGGUCACAAAUUCUCACACCCUUUCAACAGAGCAGCUUUUUUUUAUAUUUAUAUAUUUCACAAAAAAAUUAAGAGCGCAAGGAAAUAUGGAGCUCAUCUGCAGCAUAUCGCAUGUUUUAUUUUCAGUAGAUUUUUUUUUCAACCAUUGACAGAAUUCAUCAGCAGCAGCCAUUCAACUCUCAUACUGAACAAAUUGAAGAGGGCAUUAUACAAAAGAAAAUAAAUAUGUAAUUAAAUAUAUUUACAUACUUUAGAUUAGAUAUAUAUUUUGCCCCUCUGAUAUUAUUUCGAUAAAUAACAGUGACAUGCUUUCUCCCCCCCAGCACCCGUUGAAGUUAAAUUAUAUGACACAUUCAUGGGUGGGUACAGUGAGUGUGGGAUAAAGGGACAUGCCGUACAAUACCAUGUCUAGACAGGGAGUGACUACAAUGUGAAUCAUUUUGAAUAUGUGAUUUUUGUCCGUUUUGAUAUGAAUUAUAGAGGAAAAGAAACAGUGUAACUCCAUUUUUCCUGAUAAAAACUGACUUCCUAAAAA